UGCGGAAGUAUCAACAUGGAGAACGGGAGAGAAGCUUCCACGAAUUCACUUCUGAAAGAUGGGUGCUACACUGAUUUCCUGGCGGAGGACUUUGACGUAAAGACGUACACGGCUCAGGCCAUCCACCAUGCUAUCAUCGCCGAGCAGCUGGCCAAGCUGGCACAGGGCAUCAGUCAGCUGGACAAGGAGCUGCACAGCCAGGUUGUGGCCCGGCAUGAAGACCUACUGUCUCAGGCGACUGGGAUAGAGUCCCUUGAAGGGGUCCUCCAGAUGAUGCAGACAAGGAUCAGUGCUCUGCAGGCAGCUGUUGACAGGAUAAGGACGAAGAUCGUUGACCCGUACAACAAGAUUGUGGCCAGGAUCACCCAGCUGGCCAGACUGCAGGUAGCCUGUGACCUGCUGCGGAGGAUCAUUCGUAUCUUGUACCUGAGCAAGAGGCUCCAGGGUCAGCUGCAGGGGGGCAGCAGAGAGAUCACCAAGGCUGCACAGAGCCUUAAUGAACUAGACUACCUGUCACAAGGUGUGGAUCUGAGCGGCAUUGAGGUCAUUGAGGACGACCUGCUGCUGAUCAGCAGAGCCAGACUGGAGGUGGAGAACCAGGCCAAGCGACUGCUGGAGCAGGGCAUGGAGAUCCAGGAUGGGCAGCCUGAUAUCCUCUACACCUUCUGGAAUGAUGUAACCAGCACACUCAGUGAGGAGUUUUACAGAGCAACUGAGGCCUCGUCCUUCCUAAAGCAGGCGUUUGAAGGAGAGUAUCCAAAGCUGUUGCGACUGUACAAUGACCUGUGGCGCCGCUUACAGCAAUACAGCGCCAGUCUGCAGGGGGCACUAACAAGCAGCGGAGGAAUGGACGCAUCCCUGGACAUCACCACAGAGACAGACAGCCAGGACCUCUUCACACAUGGAAAACAGGACUACAAUCCAGAGAAGGCUCUGAAGGACUCUCUGCAGCCGUACGAGGCGGCCUACCUUUCCAAGUCCCUCUCUCGCCUCUUUGAUCCCAUCAACCUGGUGUUCCCUAUGGGCGGCCGCAACCCGCCCUCCAACGACGAGCUGGAGAGCAUCAUCAAGACCAUCAGCAGUGAGCUGAAUGUAGCAUCAGUGGAUCCAAACCUCUCUCUGGCUGUGUCAAAAAAUGCUGCCAAGACUGUCCAGCUCUUCUGUGUCAAGUCUGAGCAGCUGCUGUGCACUCAGGGUGAUGCCAGUCAGGUGAUUGGUCCGUUAACAGAGGGCCAGCGGAGGAAUGUUGCUGUGGUCAACUCCCUGUACCGUCUGCAGCAGGCUGUCACCAAGAUUAUUUCAGGAUUGGGGUCUUGUCCACCAGCUGCUGUCGAAGCUCUCUCUGCUUCUUUGGAGGGAGUGCAGGUCCUGAUGAGCAGCGCAGUGCAGCCGCUCCUGCAGUCAGUCAGCGACUCCAUAGAGGCCAUCAUCAUCACGCUCCACCAAGAGGACUUCUCAGGCCCUCUGUCCAGCCCAGAUAAACCCGACGUCCCGUGCUCUCUGUACAUGAAGGAGCUUCAGGGCUUCAUCUCCAGAGUGGUGGCAGACUACAUUCGACACUUCCAGUGUGUGGACUUUAUCUACGAGAGCACCGAGGCCAUCGCUCAGAGGGCCAUCGAGCUGUUCAUCCGCCACACCAGCCUGUUGCGGCCGCUGGGAGAGGGCGGCAAGAUGAGGCUGGCUGCUGACUUUGCACAGAUGGAGAUGGCAGUGGCUCCUCUGUGCAGGAGAGUGUCUGAUUUGGGGAAACCUUACAGGAUGCUGCGCUCCUUCAGGCCGCUGCUGUUUCAGACCAGCGAGCUGAUCGCCAGCAGUCCAGCUGUGGGAGACCUGAUCCCCUACAGCACCCUGCUGCACUUCUUCUUCACCAGAGCCCCAUCUGAGCUCAAGUCACCUCACCAGAGAGCAGAGUGGUCCUUUGCGCGCUACUCCCAGUGGCUGGAUGAUCAUCCCUCUGAGAGAGACAGGCUCACUCUCAUCAGGGGCGCUCUGGAGGCCUACGUGCAGUCAGUGAGGGCUCGUCAGGGGAAGGAGUUCACGCCCAUCUAUCCAAUCAUGCUCCAGCUGUUACAGAGAGCCACCAGCAGCUCACAGGAUGUCCGAGCGUGACGGGGCCGACACAGCUGUAGAUUUAACGGUACCUGAGCAGAGCGCAGUGCAGCAUGUGGUGAGUUGGAGAGGAUGUGAAGUCAGAGGAAGCUGCUCGUCUUUAUUAUUCCACACUACAGCUGCUGUAUCCAGCUAAGUGAUUCUUCUUAUUCAUACAUUUCUGACUAAAUCAAGGGACUGUUGUGGAGGGACUCAUGGAUGUUUGAUUUUGAAUGUUGGUUUUACUUCUAAUUCCAGCACUGACUCUAGCAAGCUGAAGAUCAUAAAGCGUGUCAGUUUAAUAGAACCAAACUGUACUUCCAGAAUUCUGUGAAACUAUGCAGCUGUAAUAUCUGUAAAGGUUCCUGUCAGUGACAUAGACGGUGUGAUCUCCACUGGUUCUAUGAAGGCUUAGUGAUCAUUACAGGGAAUCCUACAGUCUAGGAAUCCUUUUCCACAAUAUUUCAACUGAAGAAAAGAAAAUGUUGUAAAUGAUUGAAUGAAUGAUGAAACUGUAAAUGGCUCAUGUGAUGGUGUAGCAGUAGAAGACUCCUGAGAAUAAAUGAGUAAAUGUUUACAAGA